AAUGGACCUCUCUUAGUGCCGCUUGGAACGCUAUACAAUAGUCUUCUGCAUGGGUCACUAUUGCUCUCAAGCCCUAUCCGGUUCCUUCUUCAUCCCCAAGAGUUGCUCGCGAUUCAGUACAAUACAAGUUCCUCCCCAAGGAUUUCAUCAAUCUAGGGUUUCAAGCACUUUGUCUGCGAAUUCAAAAGUCCACCAAACACCUAGCUUUGUGGCAAUGCAAGAAGACAGGAGUUUGAAAGUUCCGCAUGUUCUGACAGUUGCUGGCUCUGAUUCCGGGGCCGGUGCCGGAAUUCAGGCUGAUCUCAAGACUUGUGCUGCCCGCGGAGUGUACUGUUCUACCGUGAUCACUGCUGUCACUGCACAAAACACCAUUGGUGUUCAGGGUGUGAACAUCGUGCCAGAGGAGUUUGUUGCGGAGCAAUUGAAGUCUGUGCUAUCUGAUAUGCAUGUUGAUGUUGUGAAAACAGGCAUGCUUCCUUCAAUUGGCAUAGUCAAGGUCCUUCAUCAGAGUCUUAAGAAUUUCCCAGUUCGAGCUUUAGUGGUUGAUCCUGUUAUGGUAUCUACAAGUGGAGAUGUGCUGGCUGAUUCUUCCAUUCUUGUUGGAUUUCGGGAGGAGCUUCUUCACAUGGCUGACAUAGUAACUCCAAAUUUAAAAGAGGCAUCUGCUUUGCUUGGUGGUGUGCAAUUGGAAACUGUUGCUGACAUGCGUUCUGCUGCAAAAUGUAUACAUGAUAUGGGCCCAAGAAAUGUACUUGUCAAAGGAGGUCACCUCCCUGCUUCAUUGGAUGCUGUUGAUGUUUUCUUUGAUGGUGAAAAUUUGUUUGAGCUAUGUUCAUCACGAAUAGAAACUCGGAAUACUCAUGGUACUGGUUGCAGUUUAGCUUCAUGUAUAGCAGCUGAGCUAGCAAAAGGUUCUCCAAUGCUAACUGCUGUCAAGGUAGCGAAACGUUAUGUUGAGACAGCCUUGGACAACAGCAAAGACAUUGUCAUUGGAAAUGGACUUCAGGGUCCUUUUGACCAUCUAUUUAAGCUCAAGAGUAAUAUCCAUAAUUCAUGUAGGCAGAGGGCAUUUGAUCCAUGUGAUCUCUUUUUGUACGCUGUUACUGAUUCUGGGAUGAAUAAGAAGUGGGAACGUUCCAUCACAGAUGCUGUGAAAGCUGCAAUAGAAGGCGGUGCCACAAUUGUACAGCUAAGGGAAAAGGAUGCUGAAACACGGGACUUUCUGGAAGCAGCCAAAGCAUGUUUGGAAAUUUGUCGUUCCCGCAGUGUACCUCUGCUGAUAAAUGACAGAAUUGACGUUGCCAUGGCUUGUAAUGCUGACGGCGUGCAUGUUGGCCAGUCUGACUUGCCUGUCCAUGUUGUCCGCUCUCUUCUUGGGCCUGAAAAGAUCAUUGGUGUAUCAUGCAAGACAACGGAGCAAGCUCAACAAGCUUGGACUGAUGGCGCUGAUUACAUUGGUUGUGGGGGUGUAUUUCCAACCAAUACAAAAGCAAACAAUCGAACCGUUGGUUUAGAAGGAUUAAGAAGUGUUUGUUUGGCAUCAAAGUUGCCAGUGGUUGCCAUAGGUGGUAUCGGGAUUUCAAAUGCACGGUCUGUAAUGGAAAUAGACGUCCCAAAUCUCAAAGGUGUUGCAGUUGUGUCAGCUCUGUUUGAUAGGGAAUGUGUCCUGACGGAGACUCGGAAGUUGCAUUCAAUACUGAUGGAGACAGCCCCAAUGGAAAAUAAAAGGAAGGAGGAGAGAAGUUGUUAACGGUGACCUUGUUAAAGCCAAUAAAACUACGUAAUAAUGGUAUUAGAAGUGGUAAUAGUAGGAGUCUUUGUUUUAAUUUAUUUGUGGUCAAGCUAUGCAGGAUUGAUGUUUUAGCUUUGGAUGCAAAUGAACUAUAUGUUAUUUAACUUUUCUUUACUUC